AUGGCUUCUCUUCAACCUUCAUGGCUCUCUUCCCUCAACACCAUCUCUUCCACAACAAAACCCACACUUUUCCCCUCCACAAACCUUAACAAGCCCCACCCUUUAAAACCAUUCAAACUCUCCUUCUCUCUCAACCCACCCAAUGCUGAAUCUUCACAACCCAACUCACCGAAUUCACCCGAAACAACGCCGGAAGCCGAGCCUGGGCCAACGGACCCUGUCAAGCUCGCACUGGAGAACGCCAAGGCGUAUAAGAAGUCAGUGCAAAUGAACAAGAAAUUGAAAAUUGAGAAAAACCCAGUGAAGGAUGGUGAUGGGAUUGCUGGAAAUGGUGAGUCGGGCCCCGAUGGAGCUGGCGGUGGGAAGAAGGAAGUGCCUGCUGCGGUUAAGAUUGCAAUGGAGAAAGCUAAAGAGUAUAAGAAGAGUAAGGGCAUUGUGGGUGGUGACAUUAAUGCUGGGGAGAGUGACCAAAUUUCAGGUUUGGAGGAAAGUACUGGGGGAAACUUGGGGAAUGAGAUAGUAGACAAGAAGGGAAAAUUGUCAGUUUCAAGUAUUGAUUUUGUGGGACUUGGCUUUGCUGAUAAGAAGGAGGGUAGAGGACUGCCAGCUGGGUUGGUUCCAAUAGCAGACUAUUUUCCAGAAGGGAACUCACCUGACGUUGAGAUUAUAGUCGGGGACGCUAGAAAUUUUGAUGCAGUGGCACGGAAGCCAGAGCAGACUCAAGGAGACAACUCAGAUGUUUACAAGCCAAAAGUCUCUUCAUGGGGUGUAUUUCCUAGACCGAACGACAUUUCAAAAACGUUUGGUGGUGGAAGAGUUAUACACCCUGGGGAAGUGCUGGAAACAGCUGAAGAAAAAGCUGCUAAAGAAGCACGCACAAGACAAUUAGUUGCUGCUUACAAGAGUAAAAUGGGCAUGAACAUUGACCCAAAGCUAAGAUCUGAAUGUGAGAAGGCACUAAAGGAUGGUGACACAUUGAUGGAUGUUGGAGAGCUUAAGGAAGCAUUAAUCUACUAUGAGCAGGUUAUGGAUAAGUUACCAUUUAAGAGUGAGCUUCAUGGGUUGGCUGCUUUACAAUGGUCUAUUUGUCAAGACUCCCUCAGUAGGUCGCAGGAAGCUCAAGUCAUGUAUGAGAAGCUUCAAUCCCACCCAACUGCUAAAGUAAGCAAGAAGGCGAGGCAAUUUGUGUUCAGCUUUCAGGCCAUGGAAAUGAUGAAGAUUACAAGGAGCUCGCCUUGGAAGAACACUGGCUUUCAAAAUUAUUUUGAAGCUUUCAUUGAAAAUAAAUCCGACUAUGUGCUAAAAGAGGCUGAAGGUGAAGUAGAUGUAAAGAAGGUUGUAAUGGGAAGUGGGUGUAUCACAUACAAGUUUGACCAACAGGAAAUUGAUAUUGAAAAGGUUGAUUGGGUUGGGUAUUAUGCUGGUUCUCGAAUGUGGAUCUAA